AUGUAUUUGGAAGAGGCUGUCCUUAGAGCCCUGGCCAGAGUCCUAAGAGAAGACUGGAAGUGGAGUAUGGACUUGGCAACAACCAUCAUCUCUGUCUUCUUCUGUUUCUCCAGUUUCUCCCAGUUCCAUGGAAUGAUCACACAUGUCAAGAUUGGGUCCUUGUGUAUGAAGAUCAUUGAAUAUGAGCUGAAGAGGUAUGACCUCUGGCAAGAUGAGCUUUAGAAGAAGGAGGCUUAUGAAGCACUUUCUGAGAACGAAAAUCUAAAGAAAGAAGAGGAAGAAGACAAGAAGUCUUUCAAAAAGUAUCAGAGCCUUCAGAUCAAGCAGGAGCAGUUUCUCAGAGUUGCUCUGUCUCUGCUGCUCAACCUGGCUGAAGACACACACACAGAGCUGAAUAUGAGGAACAAAAACAUUGUUCACAUGCUUGUGAAGAUUGUGGAUCGUGAAGAUAAUGAGCUACUGCUGGUUGUUAUCACCUUCCUCAAGAAGCACUCUAUCUUCCUGGAGUGCAAGAAUGACAAUGUGGAAAUGUCAGUGUGACUAGUAGAGAAGCUGGCCCGUUUACUUCCCAGUGACCACAAGGAGCUCCUGGACGCCACCCUGCGCCUCCUAUUCAACCUGUCUUUUGACACUUCUCUCCGCAACCAGAUGGUCCAGGCUGGAUUCAUUCCCAAACUUUCCUCUCUGCUUGGUAAUCAGUCUCAUAAACAGCUCAGCAUGUCCAUUCUGUAUAACAUCAGCAUGGACCACAAAUUUAGGUCCAUGUUUGCCGACACAAACUGCAUACCGCAGGAUUUCUGGUCUGCGCCUGAGUCCGUUUCAAACUCCGUGACAAAACGAUCCAACCAUCAUGGACUCAUCAGGUCAGGAUCCCGUGGCUUAGGCGCUGGCUGCCCAGGAAGCUGCGUUAGCUCGCCACGAACAAAUGCUGAUGCAACUGAGGAAUGAGAUCGCUGCGUUAACUCAGGCUGUCGCCCGAUUAACACCUCUGGAAGGCAAUGCGCAGCCAGGGAACACAGCUCCUCAGGCAGCUCCGGCGGCUAGCCCACCUACAGUAGCCACACCAUCUCCAGGGGGACCGCUGCCCACUCCAGAGCCAUUCUCAGGUAAUGGCCUGAAGAUGCUGAUGAAGCAGGCGUUAAAGCUGAAGGAUGCACUGGUGAUGAAGAUGAUCAGGAAUCUGUCUCAGCAUGAUGGAGCCACGAAACAUUUGUUCUUGGUGCAUACAUUUAAAAUGAAUCCUACUGAGUGUCCUGAGGAUUAAUUGGAGACCUUGCCGCUCUGAUCAGUGAGAACAAAGCUGAGAAGUUUGUGGUCGAGUGUCUUGGGACACUGGCCAACCUGACCAUCCCUAAUGUGGACUGGGCUCUGGUGUUCAAGGAGUACUACCUGGUCCCUUAUUUGAACGACACACUCAAACCAGGUGGGUGUAUAUGGUUUCUUACACCAUUUAACUGCCUGCAAGAAAAACCAAGAAGUUUUUAAAGAACGUGUUUGUCUCAGCCAAACAGAAGGAUGGUUUUCCAUGAAGCUACGAGAUGUGAUUAUCAAAGACACCCGUAUCCUUUUUUUACUGUGAAAGUCUCUGCAUUAUCUUUUUGCUGGUCUGAGAGACACAAUACUGUCACACUGUUCGUUUAAACAGUACAUAUUGUAACUCUAAGCAUCUUUAUUCCAUUUUUAGUGGCUAAAACUGUAAUGUCAAAAUAUGAGACUUUAUUCGUGCUCUUUCCUUGAGUCCUAAUCACAAGAGGUCCUAGCUUACCUCAUCAACCUAUUGCACACUAACAAUCAGUAGAGUCUGUCACGACACCCCUGAGAUCAGUCGUCACGGUCAGUCAGUAUGCUUUACUGACAAGUUUGGUCAGAUAGAACACUUAUGCAUAGGAGAAAGUGCUUUUUUCUACGGAAGUGCUUUCUGUAAUUUCACUUGACAGGGGCAUGCACAAAAAUAUGAUUCCUGCUAUGGAUCUCUGAGAAAUGACAUGGGUUUCCUUGAAACUGUGCUGAGCAUGAACAUCUAAGACAGAAUACUAGAGUUUCAGACAAAACAAUAAAUAUAAUACAAUAGUAAAACCAACAAAUUACGUAAAAAUAAAAAGGGUUCUAUGGAUCUGUGGAUCAUUUCAGUGUCAAAAAGAUCUUAUACUGCUAAAAUCAGAAGACUAAAGGUUUGAAUUAAUUGAAUCUUCCAGGUAAGAACUGUUAUAAUGUGAUGUAUAUUACAGAAUUCCGUAUUUUCGUUGUAUUUAUUAAAUUGAAUCAGAGCCCACAUUACAAAAGAAAUGUUUUAUUAUUCUACAAAAACAUUUUUUAAUAAUUUAAAUUCAAAAUCCAGUUCACUGAACUUCAUUCUAUGCGCUAGCAUUUCUGCACUCUGUGUGGAGCAUUCUUACAACAGAUGCUCUGAGUGCUCAGAGUAGAAAAGUACUACAUAUACAUUUACCAUUUAUAAUUUCUAUUCAAAAGUGAUUUUUCUCUGUUGAUCCUCUCUAAGUCAGACCUUCUCUCAAAUUUCACAUCAGUGAUUAACUAACUGAUGAAUUUCUUGUGACUGACACGUGUGGUCAGCUCCCAGUCAGUGUGUGAUCACUACCAGACCUCAGAUCAACAUAAUUAGCUGUAGAUUAGAGACAGGCAGUGCAACAGGGCAAAGGAAGUGUUUCAUUGAAAUUAUCAGUGAGACCUAUUAAGUUGUGAACCACAUGAAAGGUAGCCAUUGGGGCUCUGGAGUGUGUCAGCAGCUGGACAGCAGAGGUGAGAGAGAAAGCAGAACUGUGGACACAAACACACACAUCAUUAUUGCCUGGCAAUGUGGGAUCCUUUUGGCAGCACACGCCAUAACUGCACAGUCCUGAAAUGCUUGCCUUUGAUCAUUGCAGCUCUGCUCAUGUACAAAUACACAUUAACAUAGUGAUGGUUUCAUGUGAAACUUUGUAGAUGCUCCAAGUGGGACACAGGCCCAAUUCACAAUGAUAUUCUUAGCCUGGGUGUAUUUCCUUAGGAAUACGUUCAAAAGCUCCCAAAACCUGUUAUGUGCUUCCUUAGCCCUGCUGUCAUGAGCUCAGCUUAUUUAUAUGAAAUUAGUCACGUAAGACAUGCUGAAGGACCCUAAGUGCUCAAUCAAAUUCUGUGUCGUGAUGUUGUGUCAGCCUCUUAUGAAUCGGUCUGGUGACAAAACAUGUCAACACUACUGCAGGGUGGAGGGGGGUCUGAGUAACAGUUAAUAGUCCAGGGAUUUGGGUGGUUGCAUAAUCUUCUUUCUUACACCUCCUAUCUCGUCUUUUUCCGUCCUCCGAAGCAUGAUGAGGAGUGGGGGCGGGGGGAGAUCCAGACAGAAAAAUUCUGCUUGCACAACAGUAAGUGGUUAGAAAUGGUGGGGAACCACCGGGUGGAUGAACCAACCAGACAUGAGCACUCACACUAACUGUAACGGUCCUGUGUCGGUGACCCAGUGUGUUCCGUUUUAUAUUAUUAAUCUUUGAUUUCUUGAUGUCUUGUUAGUUCUUAGGGUUUGGUUCUGUGUUCCCACUGUUCUGUGUCAGUAUCAAGUCCUGUGUGUGUUUUCUUAGAUUUUGCCCAGUUUAGGUUUUGUAUGGUUUUUCUGUUCAGCAAUAAAGCUGCUUUUUGACUUUCACUCCCGCCUCAGUUGAGUCUGCAUUUGGGUUCUUCUCCUGCCUGCACACAGCUGUAACAUGACACUA